AUGGCGUGUCUAAUUGCCGUCGUGGUAGCUUUCAUCAUCGUCUUCGCCGUUAAAAAGCAUAAAGCUGGCGGAAUCAGCUCGGAUAGUCCAGAAUAUGCGCUGUACAAAAACACCCGCUUCCAAGAAUGCUAUAAUAAUGCGUCGGUAUCAGCAAACACUGACUGCACUGCGGUUGAAAAUCGGCUAAAUAACGGGCGAUCAUCCGGCUUCGAAGAAAACAAUGUUGCGUACAUCAACACUGAUACCCUUUACGAUGGUGACAACUACGAUAUUUCCUGGGAGUGGUGCGAGAUGAUCAGCUGCUUUUCAGAUUUUAAGAUUGUCCCAUCUAAGCCUCGCCCUCUAGCCAUCUGGCCAACACUUCUUACGACCUGGGGCCCGGUGGCUCUUUACAUUGUCGGGUCAAUCUUUCAGUUUGUCAGACAGCAAAAAGGGGUCUAUAGCAAGAAGAAAAAGGCUUGCAAGGGAUUGAAAGAAAUAAGUGUUCUCGACUGGGGUGUUCACGCCUACGAUUUCGCGUCUAUUGUCUGGUGGUGGUAUUCGUUCAGUCGUCUAGUGGCAAAUCCAAGUCAUGAAAGUACACCCAUUCCCGUCGGAUGGGUGACUAUUUGGAAAUAUGCGGGGAUGAUCAGAUUCCAUCCUUAUUCCUGUGCAUCUCGAAAGAACCCGCGCAAAAUCAAGAUCGCCCGUGGGUUCCUUUAUUUUCUUGCCGCCGCUCAGUGGGUUGCUGCAUGCUAUAUCCUGCAUAUCAAUUGGCCUGUCUAUGGCCGCCGUACACCGAAUCCCAGCUACGAUUGCGUCCUUGCCGAAAUUGAUGCUGCACCGGGUACUUCGUCCUGCACAGCCGAAAAGAUUUGCUCGCGAAAUUGGCUAUUUGUUGAUGAAGGAUUCCGUCUUGGCUCUGAGAGAAAUGAUGCUUUGCUCGGUCUUCUAAUACUUUUUGGUACAUUGACGCUUGCAGCACUGUGGCCUCUUUUGAUGGUUGCCAUACUGCCAAUCAUGAGAUCUAAGGGAGAUACCGACCCAGAUAGUAAAGCUAGGAGAAUUUUGAGCUGGGGAGAUGUGGGCCCCGUUGUCUCUAUUUGUGUUUGCUCCUUCUUUGGAAUUAUCGUUGGAGCCAUGCUCAUAAGUGAAUUGGUGAAAAGACUGGACGCAACGCCUGACGCAGAGGUUAAUUUUGACUGGGAAUGCAAGGCUGUUCAUGUAUCUCUGAGUUCUUGGAGAUAUUAUGUGGAUGUGGACUAUGAGAAGGGAUUGCGGUUCGCUAAGAUGUGGUUCAAUUCUUGA